AUGAUGUUGAAUUCCAGCGUCUACUGGUUAUUGUAUCUGACCAUUUGUAUAUCGUUUGUCAAUGCAUUCGUUCCGCAACCGGUAAUCGCCGAUGGUGCUCUUAGUGGCGAUAGUAUCACACAUACAGAAAUCACCGAAAUCGCUUUCAUUCGCAGUCUUGCUCGUUUCUUCUAUGAAACACGCAUUGCUCCCAAUAAUAACAACAAUGGUACCGUCAAUCAACAAGAUUACUUCACUAAGCAGCAUACUAUUGAUGACCUCUACAAACUUGCAUAUCCUGAGUAUAGCGAUGCGCAAAUCGAGUUCUAUUCACUUCCUUUGAAAUUCACACUGGAUUUGGUGAUGACAUACAAUGCUUUGGUGGACCUUGAUCCAGAUACGAAAAAAUUAUCACCUGCACAUUUUGAUAGUGAAACUUUCAACAACGGUAGUCGCCGUAUCAUCCUACUCAGACAAAAAGUUGUAAGUGAUUCACGCACUGCUGAUAAUGAUCUAACUGAUGCGCGGCAAAAGACAGGACAGUUACUUCACACCCUGCAAGAUUUCUAUUCACAUUCGAAUUGGGUGGAAAUGGGUAAUACUGAUGUGAACACUUUGAUCGGACGAAACGAAACUGUUGGACAAGUUGCUGCACCAAAUCAAGCAACAUGCUCUGAUACGGGUUGCACUAAGAAAACACAAAAAUGUUCUCUUUGGCAACAAAUUACGAUAAGAAAAUGUCCACUGGUGUAUUAUGAUUGCACUGAUAACAUACUAGCUGCUAUCAAUAGUCAACGAAUACUCACGAGUGGCUACUUGUUCAAUCAGACAGGUGAAAAUGGUCAGCCACUGAAUAAACCAGCGAAUGUUGGUAAAUGUUCACAUGGUUCUGUUUUGGAUGAUUCAGCAAAUGUGCCAGCCAUCGGUGGAAUCAACAAAGAUUCCAAUAGUUUACUCUUUUCACCACAUGCAAGUCUUCAUUAUCAAGCGGUUGAAUUUGCAAUCAAUGCAAGUGAACAUUUUUUCAAUGAGCUUCGUCAAGAGAUUGGUAAUGAUAAUUUUGAUCGUCUUUUCGUGAUUAAUCCAGCGGACGCUGUCGCACAAGCAAUCUCAAAUGAAGUCGCACAAGGAAAACGAUUUCGACUCUUCACCUCAACUCUGACAGCCAGCUUGGAGAAAUCUGACAGUUUUCUAACAGAUUUAAAGAAUAGCGUCAAAUCGGCCUAUGACAAAGUGAAAUCCUUCUUUACCAACUUAUUCUCGAAGACGAGCAUAAAUGUUCCAACAUAUGAUCUAAGCGAUUUGAUAGCGAAUAUUAAAGAUGCAAGCAAUGUUCAUGCAGCACCACUCGUUAUGAAUGGUAAAAAUAUUCGACGUAAAAAGCGUUUCAUUGAUGCGCUCAAAAAGCGUCAAUUGGGAGAUUAA